CUAGCUAGACCAGCAAUGGCAGUGAACGGACUGAAACUCGGUACGACGUCGCAGGCCUACUUAGAAGGCAAAGCAGUGAGCGACACCAAGGCUCUGAUAUCCGAUCUCUGCCGCCAAUUCUACCAUCUCGGAUGGGUCUCAGGAACAGGUGGCAGCAUCACAAUCAAAGUUCACGAUGACUCUGUUCCGAAGCCCGAGCAGCUUGUAGUCAUGUCUCCGUCUGGCGUUCAGAAGGAGAGAAUGGUACCGGAGGACAUGUAUGUGUUAUCUCCGAAUGGAUCUGUCUUGUGUUCUCCAUCUCCGAAGCCGUACCCACAUAAGCCUCCCAAGUGUUCUGAUUGUGGUCCACUUUUUAUGAAGGCAUAUGAUAUGCGUGAUGCAGGAGCUGUUAUUCAUAGUCAUGGGAUGGAAUCUUGUCUUGUAACAAUGAUCAAUCCAUUAGCAAAAGAAUUUCGAAUCACUCAUAUGGAGAUGAUUAAAGGAAUCAAAGGGCACGGUUAUUAUGAUGAGCUUGUGGUCCCUAUAAUAGAGAACACUGCCUAUGAAUAUGAACUCACAGAGUCUCUUGCCAAAGCUAUUGAAGCCUACCCGAAAACAACAGCUGUGCUUGUUCGUAACCAUGGGAUCUAUGUCUGGGGUGACUCGUGGAUCAAUGCUAAGACUCAGGCUGAAUGUUAUCACUAUCUCUUUGAAGCUGCUAUCAAACUUCAUCAGUUGGGUUUGGACCCAACUACUCCAAACCAUGGCCCUAUACAACAAAAUGUCAAGGGAGUUUUAGAAAGUGGUAUUCACAGAAAUAUAUCUGUGAAGGCAGCGACUGCAGCUUCAGAUAAUACAUCUGAGCCGUCACAACGUUGCAUUGUUCUUGACAUUGAGGGAACUACUACUCCCAUAUCGUUUGUGACUGAUGUUCUCUUUCCAUAUGCCCGCAAUAAUGUUGGAAGGCACUUGUCUGCAACAUAUGACACUGAAGAAACUCAAGAUGACAUAAAGUUGUUGUGUAUCCAGGUUCAAGAAGACCUGGAAAAAGGUGUUGCUGGUGCUGUUCCCAUCCCCUCUGAUGAUGCAGGGAAAGAGGAGGUUGUUGCAGCUUUGGUUGCUAAUGUUGACGCAAUGAUAAAAGCUGAUCGGAAGAUCACUGCCUUGAAACAGUUGCAAGGUCAUAUCUGGAGAACUGGAUAUGAAAAGAAUGAAUUGAAGGGAGUAGUUUUCGAUGAUGUACCAGAAGCUCUUAAGAAGUGGCAUAAUUCAGGCAUAAAGGUCUACAUAUACUCUAGUGGUAGCAGGUUGGCACAGAGACUUAUAUUUGGUAACUCAAAUUAUGGGGACCUAAGAGAAUAUUUGUCUGGAUUUUUUGACACCACAGUGGGAAACAAAAGAGAAAGUAGCAGUUAUGCUGAAAUUGUACAAUCAGUUGGAGUUGAUAAACCAUCGGAGGUUUUAUUUGUGACAGAUGUCUUUCAAGAAGCUGUAGCUGCAAAGGCGGCAGGAUUGGAAGUUAUUGUAUCGAUCCGACCAGGGAAUGGAGCUCUACCAGAGAAUCAUGGUUUCAAAACAGUCACUUCUUUCUUGGAAAUCUGAAUUUGUACUUCUCCGUAAACAUGUAACACUAUAAAUCAUAUGAAUAAUUAUAAGAAUAAAACAUGUAACAAUAUAGUCAAGUUUCGAGGGGCGUAACAAAAAAUAAAUCGUUUAGUAAGGUGAGUAAAAAAGAUAUGACAAGUUGAGCGGA